AAGACCAACUGUCCCAAUUCUCCAUUUGAUCUCACAAGAACUUCAAAAGUAGAAGCAAAAUUAUAAUAUAAUGGUGAUGAUCAAUGGCAUUGUUCUAUUCUAUUCCUCCCGUUUGCAUCCACUUUCUGUGUCUCUGGUUUAUAUUUGUGGAGCCCAUUGAAAACCCAUUUGCAUUUUGGCAUUUUUACUUUUCCGCCAUAGCUUUUGGUUCGAGUUCUAGGUGCCACACCAGGUAGAACGAAGGUCAAAACCAUUUCAAUUCUUCUUUUCUUCUCAAACCCACUUCUUUGAACACACGGAAUCUGGGUUUUUCUUCUUCUUCUUCUUCUUCUUCUUCAAUUUCCAUAGUCAGAAGGAGCAAAAGAGUUUGGAGAGAUUUUUCUUUAUGGUGGCCGAUAAAUUUGAAACCCCUUUUGCCUACAGUUUCUGUUUGAUGGAUCUGUGGAUCUACCGCUUUUUGAACCCACAUGUAUUGCCCUGUCCUUUUUAGAUCUCCAUCGUUUUCAUUUGGUAUCAUUCAGUAGCUGACCGAACUGAUUGGAUAGCCUAAUUGCAGAGUGAGUUCGUUUUACUUUUUCAUCGUCUCUUUUUUCUAUAGUUUGUGUUUUUCAUUUAGUUUUUCCGGAAUUUGAGCAUAAGGAUGAGUUGUUUUCUGGUUCGUUUGCUGGAAGUGAAGGAGCCAAUUGUCAGAUUGAGAAGUUUUGCUGCUUCGAGUUGGGAGUGAUUUCUUUUCUUCUUAUUUGUUUGCUGGGAUAGCCGGCUGGUGGGAGUUUUUGGUCAGAAUGGUAUGGUUACCCUUUUUGAAUGCGGAGUUAAGAUGCUGGAGCUGAUGAAAUGAGGGAUGUUAUCCAGCUUGAUGAACUUUCUGAGGGCUUGCUGGGUGCCGUCCUCGGACAAUAUCGUACACAGCGGUUCGGAUUCAGCAGGCCGUCAUGAAGGCUUACUAUGGUACAAGGAUAUUGGACACCACAUGAAUGGUGAAUUUUCAAUGGCUGUCGUCCAGGCCAAUAACUUGCUUGAGGAUCAGAGCCAGAUCGAAUCGGGUUCAUUGAGCUUGCUCGACUCCGGGCCAUAUGGAACCUUUGUUGGUGUUUAUGAUGGCCAUGGUGGGCCUGAAGCAUCAAAUUACGUAUAUGAGAAUCUUUUCCAGCAUCUAAAAAGGUUCACCUCAGAACAACAAUCAAUGUCAACUGAUGUAAUAAAGAAAGCAUUUCAAGCUACAGAGGAAGGGUUCAUUUCUUUAGUGACUAAACAAUGGCAAAUGAAGCCCCAAAUUGCAGCUGUUGGUUCAUGCUGCCUGAUUGGUGUGAUCUGUGGUGGCACCCUUUACAUAGCCAACCUUGGUGAUUCCCGUGCUGUGCUCGGAAGGCUCGUGCGGUCGACUGAGGAGGUUAUUGCCGUGCAGCUAUCAGCAGAGCAUAAUGUGAGCAUAGAAUCUGUCAGAAGGGAGAUGCAUUCUCUGCAUCCAGAUGACUCACAUAUAGUAGUUUUAAAGCAUAAUGUAUGGCGAGUAAAGGGCUUAAUACAGGUUUCUAGAUCUAUCGGUGAUGCGUAUCUAAAGAGAGCAGAAUUCAACAGGGAACCCUUGUAUGCUAAGUUUAGGCUUCGUGAACCGUUCACUCGACCAAUAUUGAGCUGUGAACCAUCAAUUUCGGUGUAUGAGCUUCAAGCACAUGAUCAAUUCAUCAUAUUUGCCUCUGAUGGCCUGUGGGAGCACAUUAGCAAUCAGCAGGCUGUAGAUAUUAUUCGAAAUCACCCGCAUAACGGAAGUGCUAAGAGGUUGGUGAAAGCUGCUAUGCUGGAAGCAGCCAAGAAACGAGAAAUGCGAUAUUCAGAUUUGAAGGAUAUUGAUCGUGGUGUACGCCGCCAUUUUCAUGAUGACAUCACUGUCAUAGUUGUAUUUCUUGACUCUAAUCUUGUAAGCAGAGCGAGCUCGGUCCGAGGCCCAACCACAUCUUUGAGAGGGUGUGGCGUUAUCUUACCUACAAAAUCUCUAGCUCAUUGCGCCACACCUACAGAACUUAACACAAUCUGAUGAAUUGGUCGACUCUUGUUCUAGCUGUCAUGUAAGUACCUUGUGCUGGGUCUUCAGAACUGCCACGGCCCCAUCAGCAAUGAAUAUCACGUAUAAGUUACACGCAAGAAGGUUCAGUAAAUUCUUUUAGUGCAUAAUUUAACAUUUAACAUGGCAUGUACUCUAUGUAGUUUCCAACAGUUUGAGCAGGAGUAAAAGAACUAGGAAAAUAGAGCUUAAUAGUUAAUGGUAGCCUUCUUCUUCUUCUAGCCAAGAAGAUUCUUUCUUUCAUUUCAUCUUUAUAUUUUCAAAUUUUUCCCUUCUUUCUCCCCAUUCUUUAGAACUCAAGGACACACAAUUGUAAAACCUAUAGAAUAAAUCCUGUUCAAGAAAGAUCAUUGUUUCUUCCCAUUCAUUUUGGAUUACAUUGCUUUUGGGCUCUGUAAAUUAUAUGGAAGAAGUUAAGAGGAUUAUUCCAGAAAA